UCACCCAGGAGCUCCACUUAGUGAGUCCUUCAUUCCCUGACAACUUCUUUCUCUGUCUCACCAGCAUUUCCCACUCCACGAUGGCUCUACAUAUCCCUGAGGCCCCCUGGAUAGCAGCUCUGACCACGGCACUGCUGGUGCUGAGCAACACGGUGGUUCAGAGCAGGACCACUCCAGAGAAUUUCCUGUACCAAGGGCGGCAGAACUGCUACGCGCGCAACGGCACGCAGCGCUUCGUGGAGAGAUACAUCUACAACCGCGAGGAGUACGCGCGCUUCGACAGCGACGUGGGCGAGUUCCGCGCGGUGACCGAGCUGGGGCGGCCGGACGCCGACCACUGGAACAGCCAGAAGGACAUCCUGGAGCAGAAGCGCGCUGUGGUGGACACGGUGUGCAGACACAACUACGAGAUCACGGCCCCCCUGACAGUGCAGCGCAGAGUCCAGCCUAAAGUACACGUGUCCCCUUCCAAGAAGGGGACCCUGCAGCACCACGACCAGCUCAUCUGCCACGUGACAGACUUCUACCCGGGCAACAUUGAGGUCCGGUGGUUCCUGAAUGGACAGGAGGAAACAGCUGGGAUCGUGUCCACCAACCUGAUCCGUAACGGGGACUGGACCUUCCAGAUCCUAGUGAUGCUGGAAAUGACCCCCCAGCAGGGAGACGUCUACACCUGCCACGUGGAGCACCCCAGCCUGGACAGCCCUGUCACUGUGGAGUGGAAGGCUCAGUCUGAUUCGGCCCGGAACAAGAAGCUGACGGGAGUCGGGGGCUUCGUGCUGGGGCUCAUCUUCCUCGCAGUUGGCAUCUUCAUGCACAUAAGGAGCAAGAAAGGUCAACGUGGAUCUCGAUAAACAGGGUUCCCGAUCUGACCACGAAGACUAGAUGAGCCUUGGAACAAGGAUUUUUCUGUUUCUUUAGUCCUGGAGGCUGGCCCUAAGCUAGACCCCAGCUGCCCAAGAGGAUGUGACUGCCACGUCACUGCUCUGAAACGUUUCUGUAGCGCUGCUCUUUCAUCCAAUGCACUUCUCUCAUCAACCAAGCUCCCUUCCCCUCCUCAUCAUAAAUAAAGUCAAAUGUCAUUUUCUUUUAAAAAUAC